AAGACUCAAAGAGACUUGGUACAAAUGCUCCUGAACUGCACCUCGGUCAACCAGACCGACACUUUGUUCACUUCCAAACUGAGCGCCGCUGCAGACAUUUGUGUGGGCUUAGCUAUCCUCUCUGUGGUUCUGCUGUCAGUUCUGGGCAACGGCGUGGUCCUGGUGAUCUGUUACCGCCGCCGCAAGAAGAUGGUGGGCACCGAGCUCCUCUGCGUCAACCUGGCCGUGGUGGAUUUCCUGUGCUGCAUCUGCUUCUACCCGCUCUCCAUCCUGUCGUCCUUCCGACACGCGUGGCUGGGAGACUACUUCACGUGCGUUUACUACGGCCUGGGUUGCUUCAUCUUUGGCCUGUGCGGCAUGUUCACCAUCGCCGCCAUCAGCGUCAUCCGCUACCUGAAGACCUGCUACAGCUUGGUUUACGCCGUGUGGCUCAAGGGCGCCAACAUCCGGCUGGUGUGUUGCGCCAUCUGGCUGGUGGCGGCGGUGUGGUCCAGCUUCCCUCUCCUCGGCUGGGGCGAGUACGUCCCCGAGCCGUACGGACUGUCCUGCACCAUCGCCUGGCGCGGUUACCACACCUCCGCCAAGGACGCCGCCUACGUCAUUUGCUCCUUCACCUGCUUCACGCUGCUGCCCGUCCUGCUCAUCGUGGUGUCCCAGUUCCAGAUCGUCUAUAAGGUCUCCCGCUUUUCCUACUCGCUGUCGGCACGAGGCGUUCACAACAACCUGCGGCGGGCUGAGAAACGACUCUCCAUGAUGUUCUUCUGCAUCAGCCUUGGUUUCGUCGUCGCCUGGGCGCCGUACGCCAUCGUGUCUUUCCUCUUCAUCUUCCACAAGGACAAGCCGUACAUGGCUCCGGAGGGCUUUGUGUUCCCCGCCCUCUUUGCCAAGAGUUCCCACAUCUACAACCCUGUCAUUUACUUCUACUUCAACAAGACCUUCCAGCAGGAGCUGCAGUCCCUGCUGCUGUCUUUCUGGCCUAAGAUGGGCGGGAAUCGGGUCGGCGUCCACGUGGCCCCCGACCCCAUCCACAUCCAGCUGCAGGAGAGAAGCUACGUGCGGAAGGUGUUCGCCAUGUCGCACGAUCGGACGCGCAGCAAGGGCCGAGGCAAAUGUAGCAAAGGUACGAGCGCCAACUCCGCCCGUGGCAGACCGGUGCCUAACUGCUGGGGGUCCGCGUCCAAGAAUGCCCCCGUUUGCUUGGAAAAGAAAUCUGCCAAUAACCCUUUGCCUGCUUCUUUGGGCUCUAUUUAG